AGUUCCACACAGGUGUACUGGUUAGAGCUUGAAAUCGAGUCAUCGGUGUACGACAAUAUCACUGAUUAUCUGAAACAGCUGUUAAUAAUAAACAUAACUAAUGCAUCUGUAACAGACAUCACCAUCACAACAGAUUGCAAACUGGAUGAGACGCAUAAAAAUUGUUCAUGCAUGGUGGACUACACAUACAGUGAGGAAAUGUGCAAAAAAUAUGGCUGCUGCAAUGACACCUGCAGGCAGAAUGUUAAUGACAUUGCUGUGUGUCUGCCUAAAUCAAGAGUAAGCAUCAAUGGAGUUACUACAUUUGCAAACGAGUCUUGCAUACUUUUAUGUGAUCCAAGCAAACAAAAAACUGACGAGUACAAGGAAAACAACGAGAAAAUGAUCCAAAUGCUUGCAAAACAAUUCAGCACAUUGAAAAAUUUUGAUUCUCUGAUUAUCAACAGUUACAGGAGUGGCAGUGUGAUUGUAAAUUAUACGGUGCAGGUAAUGGGCUCAGUUACGCUUGAACAGUUGGAGAACGUUACCAACAGUCUGCCUGCUUCUGAUCUGAAAACAACAGGCUUUGUCGUUAUUGGAGGUCCUCAGGGUCCGAUUGAUAUCGACUCCUCUGUAAAUAUAACUUGUCGUCCGAAAGAAACCCUGGGAGUGGUAAGGUGGUACUUAAUAGAUGAGUGGAAUACAAAAAAAACAGAGAUCACAAAAGGACAAGAGGCAGACUUUACAAGCAACGUUUUGACAAUGGAGGACAAUGUUCAUCUAAAUCAUAUUUCAGGCAGCUGGAAAGGAUCAAUUCAGUGCGUGUAUGCAAAAGGGUCCAUACAACAUACAGCAAGUACAGUGUUGGACAUAGCACUUCUGCCAGAAAUACAGGCUAAGAGCACUCCCCAGUUUUCUGAUUGUAGACUUAACCAAUUCACAAAGGCUAUCAUUGAAUGUAAAAUUUCAAAAAGUACAGAAAAUUACACCGUUACUUGGAAUACUGCUCUUAGUUUCACAGAAAUAGGACCAGAAAUCCAGAACAAUGUUUUAACUUACAAAGCAGAGGCGAUCAUAAAUUGUGAAUCAUAUAAUAUGAAUAGGAAUGAGACACUGAAUGUUGCAUGCACAUUCACCAACAAAAGAGCCAAGUCCAACCAAAAUAAAACCCAAAAAGUGGAGAUCCCAGUCAUUCUUGGCAGUUCAAAAUUCUGCAAAGAAGAUAGAGUGUGGCCCAUUACAAAAAACAACUAUACCGCCAUUAUACCCUGUGAGAACUCUGCUGUUGGUUCAAAAAUGAGACUGUGCAAUGAAGGAUGGAACGAAGAAUUCUCUACUUGUGUGAAUUUGGAACUAAACAGCAUUAAAAAGGAUAUAGAGACAUUAAAUAAAGGCAUUGGCCUUAUUAAGGAUGAUGCAGACGGACUUUUCAUACGAAUAAAGGAUUCGACCACUGUGCAGACAUUCAACUCAUAUGCAAAUAUUAAUGCAUCUGUGGGUAUUCUAGAAGCCAUGAACAAAGUGUCUAAACAGCAGUCGAAUCAAUGGAACGAUACUGUCAUGCCUAACUUUGUCAGUGCUAUAAGCAACGCUUUGAAUAAAACAGAUUCCUGGAACAAUCCUGAAACUAAAGAUACUAAUUUAUCUGUAACGUAUCUACAGACUGUUGAGGACAUUAUAAGCAACUCGAAUCUGACUAUGAGUCAGCCUCAAAAAUCAAAUAAUGUUCAACUGGAAGUCUGUAAUAAUACUGGAGGCGCACAUUGCAGCAACUUUAAUGCAAGCAUCAGCACAGACAGUAGUGUCGUUGUCGUUGCAUUCCGGAACCUUCACGAAAUUUUACCCAAGUAUGAAACAAGGCCCUUAGAGACCACCAUCUUGUCAGUCACCACUGCAAACAAUAAGACCGAUCCCAUCUCUGUCCAGAUGAUGUUCGAUCACGGUGAAGAUAGACUUCGGAAUCAUGAAAUGUAUUGUCUUUUCUGGGAUGAACAUAACAAUACUUGGUCUAAAGAUGGUUGUACGUGGGGUGGAGCGGGAAAACAAAAGUUGUGCACAUGUACACACAACUCUGCCUUCACCAUAAUGAUGUCCAGAAAUGCAGAAACCCUUCCGUAUAUGAAGGAACUGACCUACGCUGGCUUAGGAGUAUCCAUCGUCUCACUUGUUCUGUGUUUAAUCAUUGAGUUUUUGGUGUGGGAUACAGUUGUAAAGUCAGACAUCUCCAAUUUUCGGCACGUGGCCUUAGUCAACAUCUCUUUCUGCUUGCUGAUGGCACACUGUGGAUUUUUAGCAACGUCAAAACCGGAAGCAAUCCCCCAAAACUGGUGCUCCAUCCUCACAGUGUUCAAACACUUUUUUUUCCUCGCCGUCUUCUUCUGGAUGCUGUGCUUAAGUAUCGUGCUUCUUCACCAACUGAUAUUUGUCUUUGACCAGCUGAGGAAAAAGGUUUUUUUGGUAUUGUCUAUCACUGUCGGUUACGUAUGCCCUUUAAUAUGUGUGGCUACAACCUUCAUUACUUUCGAGAACGGUCAAGAAGAUAAAUACUAUUCCAAAGAGACUUGCUGGCUCAUAUAUCAGGGUGUGCUGAAGGGCUCCCUCUUUUCCUUUGUAAUUCCUGCCUUAACUAUCGUGAUGGUAAACCUUUUCACGCUGGUUGUGGUGAUCAUGAAGAUAGUAACUCCUACUGUGUCGGAUUCAAAGGCGCGGGACAACAAGGACGUUGCCAGGGGUAUGAUUAAGACAAUAGUUUUCCUAAGCCCUGUCCUCGGAAUAACUUGGCUCCUCGGGAUAUUAGUGCUGUACCUUGAUCUUACACAAAAACCUUUUGCCCAAAUUGUGAGCUACGCAUUUACAAUAUUCAAUUCACUGCAGGGCUUUUUGAUACUGCUGACAAACUGCUUGGUAGAGAAAAAGGUUAUUGAUGCACUUCAGAAGCGUUUCCAAUCCAAGCAAUCAGUGAAUGCUAAAAGUGAAAGCUCGGGCAAAGCGACAUCUUCAGUUACGAUGAAAUAAAGAUUGGACAGAUUAAAAUCGGUGCCUUCUAAGAGCACUGGAAGAGAAGACAUGAGGUUCGAGGGAAACUUGAAAAACUUCAUGGAUUCAAUUCUGUCACAUUCAACUUUUUUUUUUCUAGAAAACUGUACAAUAACUGGUGAUAUUCUAGCUCAGAGGAUAACAAUAUAUGUGAACCUGGAGCACAAAACCAGUCAGGUAUAUGUAUAGCAAUAGCAAAAAAUACAAAUUAUGUUUCAAAAUUAUCGAUUUUUCUUUUAUGACAAAAAUCAUUAGAAUGUUAAGUAAAGAUCAUGUCCCAUGAAGAUGUAUUAUACAUUUCCUACCGUAAAUAUUUCAAAUCUUAAUUUUUGAUAAACAAUAUGCAUUGCUAAGAACUUCAUUUGGACAUCUUUAAAGAAAAUUAUCUCAAUAUUUAGAUUUUUUGCACUCUCAGAUUCCAGAUUCCACAACAUUUUCAAAUAGUUGUAUCUCGGCUAAAUAUUGUCCAAUCCUAACAAUCCAUAAUCAACGGAAAGCUUAUUUAUUCAAAUGAUUUAUAAAUCUCAGUUUUGAAAAACUGACACUUGAGACUGGUUUUGUGGUCACAUGUAGAUGUAGUCAUGUUAGUCAUAUUAUGGUUUUGUUGUAGAUUUCUGCCGGGGUGACGGAGUUCAUUUUUCUUUUUCUUUUUUCGUAUAAUUCUGUAAGUAUAAUUAUGCUCAUAUGUCUACUCUGUGUUACUCAAAACUGGUGCAAACUAUAGAUGAAUAUGAAUUUUGGAAUAUAAUUUAGUGAACAUAUUAGUUUUACUAUCUGAAAAUGGUUUAUUCAGUUUUGUGUAUAUUCAUGUAAGUAUAAUUAUGCCCUUUAUAGCUUAUACUUAAAACGGUUGAAAGUCAAAGAUUAAUAUUAAUUCAGGCGUACAAUUUAGUGAAUGAAAUCUUUUUAUUUUUGAAAAUGGUUUAUUAAAUUUGACAUAUAUUAAUGUAAGUAUAUUUAUGCUUAUGGAUAUCUAAUAGUCAGAACUUGUAAAAGUUGUAGAUGAAUAUGAAUUUUGGCAUGAAAUAGGUGAAUGAGUAAUUUUUUUUUCUUAAAUGGUUUAUUCAGUUUUAUGUAGAUUAAUGUAUGUAUAUUUAUGCUUGUAUGUCUAUAUAUAGCCUACUUGGUAUUACUCUUAAUUAGUGACAGUCAUGAACAUUAAUUCUGUUUGUCCACCAAGCUUUGUUUUAUAUUUUAAUCUGUACUAUAUUCAUUUCAGUUAGACGUGCAACAAAAAAUGCAGAUGUUGCCUAUAAGCAUCCAUUAAUUUGUAUUUUGCUACCAUGUCCUGAUAAAACCUACUUUUUAAUGA